AUGCUCAUCGAGCAGUGGCUGGGAAGUCCCUCUCGCUGUUUUGGCAGAGAUGGUGGCCAGAGGCCCUUGUCCGGAUCUUGCCAGCUGGGGUACCGUGGUCAAUGCUUGCUCCAGGAGCACCGAGACACCUUGGCAGUUUGCAAUGUUGCCUUGGGACUGCCAAUCUCCUUCAAUGAACGCUUCAACAUCUGGCCGACAACUAUGUUGCUCACAGCAGGGCACCCUUGGCCUUUCCGGAGCACGAGCUGGCAGCAAGCACUGGGCGUCAUGGCUGAGAUGGUCCGGACCCGUAUGCAGCCCAACGUCGUGGUAUAUGGGGCAGCGAUCACAGCGUGUGCGAGCGGGCAGUGGGAGAGAUCACUGCAGAUGCUAUUGGACAUGCAAGGCACAAAGGUAUUGCCAAAUGUCGUCAGCUGCAGCGCCGUGAUCAGCGCGUGCGUCAGAGGCGCACAGUGGGUGUCCGCUCUGGAGAUCUUACAGCAAAUGUCCAAUGCAGUGCUGCUUCCGGACUUGAUCACCUUCAGCGCGAGCAUGAGCGCCUGUGCCGGUGCUGGGCAAUGGCAGCGAGCCAUUCAGCUUCUGGCCGAAAUGAAGAGAGUACAGGUACAGCCGAAUAUCUUCAGCUACAACGCUGCAGUGGAUGCCUUCACGCAGACGUCGGAGGGAUGGGCAGGUGUUCUGCAGCUUCUUAGCGACAUGCAUCAAGAGCAGGUGCAACUGCAGACGGAAACCUACAGCAGUGCCAUGCGCGCAUGCGGCCUCGCAGGAUGCUGGGCGACAGCUUUGCUUCUGUGGGAGCAACUAUGGCACAGCCCCCUUGUGGUGGAUGCGGUCGCCAUGGGAGCGAUCAUCUCGGCAUGCCGCUGGGACGUGUCCCUGUCGCUGCUGCGCCACAUGGUGACCUCUGAGCUUCGGCCAGAUGCAGUCAACUUCGCCCAAUCCAUCGUGGCAUGCGAGAAUGCCGGUCGCUUUCGAGUCGGAACCUCCUUGCUCGCUCAACUAGCGGCAGAGGCGAAGAGCGUCGCCCAAUUCACGUGGCAGAAUGCACCUCGGUACGAGACCCGGUGGCUUCGUGAAGUCCGCCUGGCCCGGCAAAACAGGUCAGAAGUCGUGUUGAAGCUGCUGGAGGGCAUGCGGCAGGAAGGGCCAUUCCCCGAUGCCGUUUGCUGCAACAGCGUUCUGAAGGCCUGCUCGGAGGGCCGCGAUGCCUGGAAGCUGCAAAGUCGGCUGGUGGGCGAGAUGAAGCGUGCCGGUCCCGAGCCAGACAUCGCCACGUACGGCGCCCUCCUCGCAUCCCUCGGCCGUGCUGGCCGUUGGGAAGCCUGCAUGGAUGUCUUGGCCGAGCUUAAGACGAGCAGCCUCGAGUCCAACGUCAUCGUGUACAGCACGGCUGUGUCGGCCUGCAACAAGGCCAGUCAGUGGCAGAGUGGCCUACGUGUUCUGGAAGACAUGCACAACAGCAUCGUGCCACCAAAUCUGUUCACGUUCAGCGCAGCGAUCAGCGCUUGCGCUAAAGGUCAGGAGUGGGAGGGUGCGAUGGCGUUGCUUCAUGAAACACGAGAUCGAGGUUUGACUCCCGACUUGAUGGUUCUCAGUGCUGCGAUCCUGGCGUGUGGUGAAGGCAGCCAGUGGGAGAACUCGAUCUCCCUGCUUCGUGAAGCGUGUGCGGCUUGGCUGCUCGCCGACUGGUAG